GACUCAAUUGGUUGGUACGCGAUGACUGUUUUGUAAUUGGUGAAACCGCCUAUCAUUCAAUGUCAGAUUGUCCAGAGUUAGCCACGCCCCGGGGAAAGUCAGUGCCAGUGGAGUGCCAGCGGACUGCCUCGAGGCCGGUACCGGAUGUCCACCGAAUUUGUUUAUCCUUGACCCGUUAUCCGUUUACAAAACCUCCAGAGUAGCUUUUCGUUGGUAUUUCGUGUCAGAGUUGUCGGAUAUUUUUUCCGGUUUUUGUGUAGUUUGCCAAGCGUCGGGCUCUGGAUUUGUCCCUCGGCUCUCACUGAACUAGUUAUCGUGCUGCGGAGAGUGGAAAUCGCCAAGCGGUUGCUAAAAAGCAGUUAGCAGGUGUGCUAGUUAGCCAGCUGGCCAGCUUUCCCCGCUGCCGUAUCAAGUCCCACCCUCUUCCCCGGAGUGUAGACGUAGCUCCAGAGGCUGAACCGGAGAAGUCGAGCGCUUUUUUUCAGUCUAGCCAGCAUCGCUCUACGGCUGGCUGGCUAAGCCAAGAUUUGACUCACUAACGUUAGCUCGAUAAACGCUAACGUCAAUUCGUUGGGUUAUAACGUUUUGAUAAGCGUCUUCAGCGGAGGGUUACUGUCGCUACACUGGCAAGGAGACGGGUUAAGAAGAAGAGGCGAAACAGAAGAGGACAGGGAAGACAUCGAGGAGGGGACUGGCUAGUUUAGCCGGGGAGACAGAUUCGCACCUAGAUCGCAAUCGCCGCCACCGAGCCACACACAACCAUGAGUAUUGAGAUACCGGUGGGGUUGACAGAAUUGCUGCAAGGCUACACUGUGGAGGUCCUGCGACAAAGACCGUCAGACCUGGUGGAUUUUGCAGUACAGUACUUCACCCGUUUGCGGGACACCAGAAAUCAGGAUGCAUCUGGCACUGGGGGCAAGCCGGGAAAAGGAGUGAUGUUUGACGGAGAGCCGAUGCAGACAGAGUCCAACGGAGAGGAUGAUGAAGAUGACGAUGAUUCUGACUUUGAACCUCCACCACCCAGCAGAUUCAACAGGAGAGUGUCAGUGUGUGCAGAGGCAUUCAACCCAGAUGAUGAUGAUGAGGACACAGAGCCCAGAGUGGUUCACCCCAAAACAGACGAACAGCGCUGCAGACUGCAAGAAGCCUGCCGAGACAUCCUGCUGUUUAAAACACUAGACCAGGAGCAGUUCUCAGAGGUGCUGGAUGCCAUGUUUGAGCUGCUGGUUCAGCCCCAGGAGCAUGUCAUCGACCAAGGUGACGAUGGAGACAACUUCUACGUCAUAGAGAGAGGUGUGUAUGAUAUCGUGGUAAAAGGAGUGUGUGUGGGCCAGUAUGACAAUAAGGGCAGCUUUGGGGAGCUCGCACUCAUGUACAACACGCCACGUGCUGCAACCAUCGUUGCCACCCAGGAGGGAGCGCUAUGGGGACUGGACCGUGCCACGUUCCGUAGACUCAUCGUGAAGAACAAUGCGAAGAAGAGGAAGAUGUACGAGUGCUUCAUUGAGUCUGUGCCCCUACUCAAAUCUCUGGAGGUGUCAGAGAGGCAGAAGAUUGUGGAUGUAUUAGGAAUGAAGCAGUUUUCAGAAGGUGAACGCAUCAUCAUGCAGGGCGACAAAGCUGACUGCUUCUACAUCGUAGAAUCUGGAGAGGUGAAGAUUAUGAUGAAGAGUAAAACGAAGGCCGACCAUGCAGACAAUGUGGAGGUGGAAAUAGCGCGCUGUAGCAGGGGUCAUUACUUUGGGGAGCUGGCCUUGGUCACCAACAAGCCCCGUGCCGCCUCAGCCUAUGCGGAGGGAGUCGUCAAGUGUUUGGUAAUAGAUGUGCAGGCAUUCGAGCGCCUUCUAGGCUCCUGUAAGGAGAUCAUGAAGAGGAACAUCGCCCACUAUGAGGAGCAGCUGGUGGCCCUGUUUGGCUCCAGCAUGGACCUGAGAGACUGAGCCUCCCAAACUGCCCCCCGUGCCUUCUACACACAUACACAGACACGUGUUCACACACACAUAUACAUACAUGCACACGUAUACACACAUGUUCACGUACACAGAACUCAUACAGACAAAUGCACAUGUCAUGUUCAUAGUGGCUAAGACAAACUCAUAAGCUUUACACAGAUCAUGAACAUGCACAAGCACACACAACCAUGCUUACCCACCUACAUUAACACACUCAAGAGUGAUUAUGUACCAAUAUACACUCCCCCCCCCAUACACACACACACACACUUAGAUAUAUGUACAUUGGGAUCUACAUAGGCACUGAGACACCCACAAAAGAUAGUCUACUCACCCUCACACACAUAUAAGCUCAACACACUCCUUGAUAAGCUCACCUCAUAGACACAAACACACAUGGCAAAAGAUCACAAACAACCACUUGUCAUUGCUUUUGCCCGCCUUACCCUGUCAGUUUGACUGUAACACAGGUAAUACCAGUGUGAGGAGAGGACAUGCAAAACACACACAUGCAUGCAUACAUACACACACACCCCAAAACACCUCUCACCAAGUACAUGCUUUUCAUACACAUAUGCACUUAGACAAUACGCAGUUGUUCCAACAAGCCUCAGCCAAGGACACACACACAGACAUGCACUGAUACAUAUAUACAUGCUGAAACACACAGGCACCUAUAUUUGCAAAAACAAACACAUGGUGGGAAAAUAGAGAAAUUGCAGAAAAGGAAAAAUAUUCAUGCAAAAAAGAGUAAAGUUUAAAGACAAAGAAGAGAGGUUUUAGAAACAUUUUAUGAAAAUAAAAAACAAGCUUUGAUAAAAUAUUAUUUAAAUAAAAAAAAGUAUUUCCUCUUUUGGAGGCUGGAGUACAGACCUUUGUGAGCGCACUCCAAUUCUUCCUCUACUGUCGUUGAUUGAGUUGAGUUAGUGCUGGUGAUUAUUGCAGUACCACAGAAGAAGUAAAAACGAUAACAACCCUUUGUUUCUGGGCCAUUGGUAUUCUGUCAUCGAUGCCACACAUUGUAUUAAUUAAUUAUUAAUGUAUUGUUAUCAUCAUGAUUAUAUUCAUUUAUUUUUUUUGGUUUUACUUUGACCAAUUCAGAUAAAAACACCAUCCAUCUCAGACAUCAUGUAAAACAGAAAAUUAUUAAAUAAAAAUGUUAGUGCUUAUUUCUCCUUGAUUAUUCUUGAAUGAGUUGUCCUGAAUAAAAAAAUAAAG